UGGUUGUACCAAUUUACAUUCCCCCCAACAGCGUAAUAGGGUUCCUUUUUUAACCUUCUAGUUUUAACACUACAUCCGUAACCUAGACAAGGAUUUCUCUAUCUCCUUCAAUAGUUUCCACAAAAAUUCGCUCAUGUUCACUAUUUCUUUCUUCUUUCUGCAAUACUUGUUAAUUCCUGGACAUAUUUUGAAAUAAAAUAAUUGUAUUUUUCCAAUACAAUAAUUUACACAAACACUUUUCAUAUUUUUCUAAGGGUAAAUAUAAUAAAGGGCAUUCAAGCUAGUGUAUGGCUUUAUUUCAAUUAUCCUUAUCACAUUUUCUCUUUUAAAUGGUUGAUGACUGUCCUUUUUACACUUGCUACAUUUUAUUUCAGAGAACAUCAUUUAAGAAUAUGGAAACAAAAAAUGCAACAGAGCUGACAGAGUUUGUUCUCACAGGACUUACAUAUCAACAGGAAUGUAAAAUUCCCCUGUUCUUGUUGUUCUUAGUUAUAUACAUCAUCACCAUCAUGGGGAAUCUUGGUCUGAUUGCUCUCAUCUGCAAUGACCUUCAACUUCAUAUUCCCAUGUACUUAUUUCUUGGGAACUUGGCUUUUGUGGAUACUUGGCUAUCCUCCACAGUGACCCCCAGGAUGCUGGUCAACAUCCUCACCAAGAGUAAGAUGAUCUCUCUCUCUGAAUGCAUGACACAAUGUUUUUCCUUUGUAGUCAGUGCAACCACAGAAUGUUUUCUGCUGGCAACAAUGGCGUAUGACCGCUGUGUAGCCAUUUGCAACCCGUUACUUUAUCCAAUGAUUAUGACCAAUAGACUAUGCAUGAGAAUGCUCAUCUCAUCAUUCGUAGGUGGUCUUCUUCAUGCCUUAAUUCAUACAGGUUUUUUAUUCAGAUUAACCUUCUGUAAUUCCAACGUAAUUCAUCAUUUUUAUUGUGACAUCAUGCCAUUGUUUAAAAUUUCUUGUACUGAUCCUUCUAUUAAUGCUCUGAUGAUAUUCGUUUUCUCUGGUUCAAUUCAGGUGUUUACGAUUCUCACUGUUCUGGUCUCUUAUACACAAGUUCUAUUCACAAUUUUAAAAAAGAAAUCUUUACAAGGCAUAAGGAAGGCCUUCUCCACCUGUGGAGCCCACCUUCUAUCUGUCUCUUUAUACUAUGGACCUCUUCUCUUCAUGUACGUUCGCCCUGGGUCUGAACAAGCAGGUGAACAAGAUAUGAUUGACUCUCUAUUUUAUACUGUUAUAAUUCCUUUCAUAAAUCCAAUUAUCUACAGCCUGAGAAAUAAGAGUGUCAUAGAUUCACUGAGGAAAACGUUAAAGAGAAAUACUUGUAUCUGAUACUAAUGUGUUCCCUUACAUGA